GGAAAGUUGUAAAACCUGUUUUGCUUUAGAACCACAUAGCUUCCCGAUCGCAAAGGCAGAGUUACAUUUCCUUUCAGGUGUGAAUGUGACAUGUGGACGGAGAGAAGCGCCUUAUCAAACUCGUCACGGGAAAGAAGAGCAAGGCAUGGCUGGGAAGCCAUUCCGGGCCACCCAAAUCUGGAGCAGCAUCAUCUCUAACCUGCACACCCACGUGGAGGUCAAGCGCCGGCGCCACAAUCUCAAGUCCUACGAGGACUGCUUUCUUGGCUCCGAGGCCGUGGACGCCGUGUUGACGCACAUUACCUUGAAUCGCUUCUUCGGUGACGAUGCAGUCCCUCGCCAGAAAGCCGUGCGACUUUGUCAAGCCCUGAUGGACUCGAAGGUCUUUGAGCCGGUGGGCGUGAAAGUGUUUGGCAAGGAAAAGAAGCGGGACACUUUUGUGGACAGUAGCUGUAGUUUGUACAGGUUCCCGAGCCCGCAGACGGGUUUGUCAACGCUGAACAAUACCAAGUCUAACUCCACGGCAACCAUAGAGAGCGGCUAUGACUCUCCAGGCAUAAAAAGGAACAAGAACAGCUAUAAUCCACUGUCUGAAAGACAAGAGAUGCCGACCUACUUCACUCAUUCUCCCGUAAGACGAGGCAGAUCAGUGGAGGACGUGCUGAGAAAUCUCAACCUAAACUCGACCAUCACGCCUCAGAUGAUCAACUUGGGCCUCUCAUGUGAGCUGGUCACAGAGGUGUGGCACCAGCAGGCCGUGUGCAGGCUCCUGCAGUUGAUUGAGCUCCCGCUGCUGGAGAACUUGCUGGGGUGCAAGUGUGCCUCGCGGUCUUCAUUGCUCACGGUAGACAGCGACUCAGACUUGUUGUUGUCAGCAGGCUACUUGGACAGAGAAGUGCUCAAGGCCUUCACUGAGGCACAGGCAGAUGAAUGGAUGUCUGGUGCCGUAGACUGUCUGGACUUCCUCCCCGAUAAUCAAGUGGUGGAGGUCAGCAAAGGUCUGGCGGGAUGCGCCAAUGACCUAUUCGAAUGUAAGAGGCUGCUCUACGAAGUCCUGGCGAAGCAUUACGCUCGAGUCGAGCAGCCGCCGCUCCUCAGCAACCACUUGUUCGACAUCUACUCGGGCAUUUCGGAGCUUCUUGUAAACGGUAAACUGGAGCAAGCUCUGGAGGCACUACAGCUCAGCCUGAAGCUGCAGGACUCUCGAUGCAGGGAGGAGCUGCGGCGGCUGCUCAGAUUCAUGGCCAUUGCCGCUAACGCACAGGACAUCAAACUCCACAAAGAGAUCGAGAACCGAAUGGCAGUGAAGAGGUCAUUCUCCAGCGCCAUCGUGUACAGCCGAAGACUCUCCAAAGGCAAAGUGGACCUGAUGGUUCUUUUUAUGAUGGACAACCAUUGCGAUCUAUUCAAUGUUCCUGUUUCACUACAUAAGAUGGUCAGCGACAGAUUGAAGAAUAUCGUUCGGGGGAACGAUGCAGAUAUGAUAACAGGGCCGACGUAUUGCACAAGACAGAGCGCAAAGGAUUAUUCAGAAAACAGAGAGACGCACACUAAAGAGGAAUUACGGGCGUUGCUACGGACAAUCCAUGAGAACCCCAACAUGCCCAACAAGGAAAAGAGACGUUUGCUGGCCCAGUUCUACAAAGGCCACCCGGACAUUUUUGUGCAAUAUUUUGGGAAUAAGUUAUCAAGUAUGAACAUGUUGCUCCAGUAAAACUUAUGACUGGUGUAAUUUAAUGCACGGGGUGGUUGUAAUUGUGAACAUAUGUGGCCUUUGUGUAAAUAGUGACUGUGAAUGUGGAUUUGCGAGGAGUAAGCUGUGAUUUAUAUGCACAUACCAUAAUUUAAUCUAAAAGUAAAAUUUAAUUACAAUUUUUCGGAAUGAAAUAAAACAAAAAUGCUUAAAAAAGAAAAACUAACUGGAACUUAUCUUAUAUUUGCAAAAGUAACUGAAAGUGAGUAAAAUGAAAGCGAACAUGUUUUUUGUUUUCAUCUUGGUGAAUUAAUAUCAUAUAUGAGCUUUGAGUAUGAGUAUACAGUAUUUUAGAUGUCUUUAUUUUGAUAUUGCUGUAUGUCCAUACAAAAGAAGGCAGGCACAGUUGUUGGAAUAUUGGCAUUUACUUUACACAAUACUUUGUGAAUUUUGUUUGAUUCUUGCAUCCAAGAAAAACAAAAUACCGGUACUAAAACGAAGCAUUUUUGGGGGGGAAAUGCUCUUAAAAUGAAUUAUAACUGAAUUUUUAAACACUAUAAUGAAAAAUCCAAAAGUAUAACUUUACAAUCCUGGAGCGCACCUGAACUUAUAUGUUGCACCCACUAAAUGUAAAAAGAGAUGAGAACUUUUACACGUACCCAUUGUCCACUGUUGUGUUUGUAUAAAAGUGGGUUGCACAGAUAGCGAGAAGGACUUUCCAAAGCAAGUCUUGCUGAUGGUCGAUGCAUAUCGGGGACUUUUUGUAACGUUUGGUUUGGUGUCACAUCAGGCUGCACCCCGUUCAAUCGUGGGCUAUAUACAGUAUGCCAGCAAUGUCGCUGAUCCCUGAUGUGAGGUCAAUGCUUCUGAGAAAUGGGACACCGCCAAGGGUGGGUACAAAUAUUGGCGUAAUGAAGCUGGUUAGCCCGUAUAAAUCCAUAAAUUAGCUGCAUCAUUAUUUAAGAUGCACGGUUCAAAGCAGGCUAAAAAAGUAGCGGUUUAUAGUCCGGAAAUUAUAGUAAUUUACGCCCCAAAAGUGGUACGAUUAGCAGUUCACCCAAAAUGUGUCUGGAAGAAUAUGCGUCAGGUCAAACAAAGGUGUUGAGAAUGUCUUUAGCUAAGUAAGCAAUUAAAAUGUUAUGCUUGUUAACUUAUUGAAAAUGUUUUAUGCCAUCACAGAUGUGUGUUAGCCAUAGAACAGAAAAUUAAAAUUACUGUGAAAUAGGAAAGGUAGGUCAGUCCAGCAUGAGCAAUACAACCUUAAGUAAUGGGCGCGUAGUUUCUUUUAUAAAUUGUUAUGGCUUGUGUAUGUUAUUUUAUAUAUACAGAGAGAGAGAGAGAGAGAGAGAGAGAGAGAGAGAGAGAGAGAGAGAGAGAGAGAGAGAGAGAGAGAGACAUGUUACUGUAAAACUUAAAUAUCACUUGAGGAAUUAAAUAUUAUUGUUGGACCCAGAACAAAUUCAUUUGCUUUACAUUAUUUCCUAUGGGAUACUUGGUUUUGAAACCAGAACAAACUGCAGGUCAAUCAGCAUACCAGAACCAACUGUGUUCAAUUGGGGAGGUUCCCAUGUCUUAUUUAUGUAUUGGGACAUGAAGAAAAAUGGAGGGAGGAAAUGAAGGAAAUUAAGAGAUGAUUCAAGCUUUUCAGUUAUAACAACUUUUUCAUUGCAGCUCAUCCUAAAGCUGUUUGUUUAGGAUUAAGGCCUCGGCUUCAUCGCUCUUCCAAAGCAUCCUCAUCCAAGUAUGUUUUAAUUGACCUUGCUUUGUGCACUGGGAAAUAAAGUAGGAAGCUUUGAUAGGUCCAGCAUGUUUAAGUAAGAUUCAACCAGAACUAAUAUAAUCUGAGUUUGAGGUAUUAACCAAUAGGUGUGCUCCAAUACUUAUUUUUUAGCGAAUGUUAUUAGUUACUCUUCCAGUCAAGUGUGUAUGAGUGUCCUUUGUGAGAAAAGACCGAGUCGAGUCUUCCAAAUAAACAAUGUGAUGCAGACCAGCUGUGUCUGAAAAAGCC